AUGAGUAACGAAGAUAUUAAAGAUCCUAAGUUGAUUAACCAGAAGGAGAAAUUGGGUGCUUUUUCUUAUGAUGAUGUUCCUUCAGAAGCUUUAACGUCUCAAAACGUUGGUGAGAUUCUUGACAAUCUAGAUAAUAUAAAUGAUGUAUCUGAUAUUGAAAAUAUGCAAAAGAAGUUACAAGGUGAUUAUAAAUUACUGGCAAAACAAUUUGGUAACUCUAGAAUAAGCAGAGUGGAGACAUUUAUCUCAAAGAUUGAAGAGUUACAAAAUCAACUAAGGAAGAAUUCAAUAGCUCAUGACACAUUUGUCAACAACAAUUUACCACAAUUAGAUGAAGAGACAAGUAUGGAAGUGGAUAGUGUCACUUAUGCUAAAUCUCUAAAAAGAAGAAGAAACCAUUUUGAUGAUGCUGCUGCUCAAACUGGUGAUUCUUCACCGCCCCCAGAAGCUCCAGCGUCACCCCCACUAGAAGAAUUACCAAUAUUUACUGAUUCAUUUGAACAAGUUUUGAAACCUCAUAGAGAUUCAUUAAAAGCGUUGAGAAGUAAAUAUGAUUAUGAAGCCAAAUUGAUAGAAGAUUCUGCAAGACGAAAUGUUGAAUUGACAUGGAGACAAAGUGCCAAAGAUCGUAUAGAGUUGAGGAAACAAAUGAGGUCUGAAAUAUCUCAAAAGAUAAUAGACUUGGAUAAGGAUUAUAACAACGAGAAUAGAUAUGCUAAAGUUAGCCAUAAUGAAAGAAGGUUUAGAACUUCAACAAGAAAAGUUGGUGAACGUAAAGGUGGUAGAUAUGGAGUGAUGGAGGUUCAUAGAGAAGUUGAAAGUAGGGUCAGAAGGUUCAACAACUCAUUUCAUUCAGACAGUAAGCCAGUUUCUGGCGCUUCAGCUUCUGAAAUUGAUAAUGAUUUGAGUAUGAUGAAAUCACCUUAUGCAACAGUCAAAAUUGAGACAAUUGAAGCCAAUUAUUUAUAUCAAGAACAACCAUUGAAAAAGGAAAACAUCGGCCCUACAACAAUGACAGAUUUAGUCAAUAGUGAAAUUGAAGAAAGAGGUAUUGCAGGUAUGCAAUAUCAAGUUUCCACUGAUAGAACACCUUAUCAACCACCAAGUGGUUAUAAUUACAACUAUCAACCACCUCAACAACAACAACAACAACAACCAAGACAACCUCCACAACAGCAAUUCCCUUCUCCUUAUCCUCAACAACAACAAUCACCUUACUUGCAAUAUCAACAACAACAACAGCAACAACAACAACCACUACCAGCACAGGGAUUUUUCAAUCAACAGCAACCACCUCCAAUGAUUAAUUACUAUCCAGCCAAUUCACCAUAUCAACAACAACCUCAAGUGCAAGGCCAAUAUCCUUUGUAUCCUCAGUAUCGUCCUCAACAAUAG